AUGGCUUCAAGUGCGAGAGUUGGUCCUGGUCCUCUUCCUGGACGAGGGUCCAGGGACACCACCGCCAUUUCCAUAUACACCUUUGAAGACGACCUCACCGAAUCACCUGAAUUCAAGUGGGACAAGACGCCGCGUCGCGAAAUCUACAACUCCUCCAUCUCCGACAAUUUUGACAACAACCACUUCCUUCCUUUUCCGCCAUCGCCACACACAGUGGCGAAGAAGAAACGACGGAGAAAAAAAAAGAAAGCGACCACACGUCACUACAUCAACACUUCCUCGGCCGACAAUGGGUUCUUUGGCGACGAGAGAGAUGAGGAAGAAGAAGAAAUCGGAAUGCUAGUUUUGUUUUCACCAAAUCACAAGAAGAGGAUGAAGGAAGCGAAAUGCAAUGUUUCGAACGGAGGGAAGGUGUGGUUGCUAGAGAUUGAGUUGCCGGUGACGUUGUCGGGGUUGAAGAAGCUGAUACCGUCAUUUGCGGCGGAGGGGAAAGUGAAGGAGAGCUUCGCAGUGGCGAUGAAAUCGAAGGACCCAUAUGAGGAUUCCAAGAGAUUGAUGAUGGAGAUGAUAUUAGAGAAGUGA